AUGGCGGUUAUAGUCGCACCCGCACUGGACCAACUACUCGCCUCCAGCCUCCUGCGCUCCUGCUCUCCAGGCCACAAUUCCGUCUUGCAUACAGACCCAGACUUGAGUGUUGCGGGCCCGCCCUUUUGGGCGGCGGUCAACCUGACCACCCUGGCGUGGUGCCCGGGGGUGCGGGGCCGGGGGCCGGGGGCUCCUGUGAUCCGGCCGCUACUCGCGUUGCUGCUGCUCCUGCUCCUGCUCCCGCUGCCCGCCGGAGCCUGGUACAAGCACGUGGCGAGUCCUCGCUACCACACCGUGGGCCGCGCCGCGGGCCUGCUUAUGGGGCUGCGCCGCUCGCCUUACGUGUGGCGCCGCGAGCUAGCACCGGCUGCCGGGACCCUCACCUGGGAAUCCCUCGCCCCGGCGCCCGCCGCCGGUAACGCUCUCCUCCUGCUUCCCUCGCGGGUGCGGGAGAUGUGGAGGGCGCGACGCAGGAGUUCCGGGGCAGGGCUCCCGGUCCGUGCGUCUCAGAGCCAGCGCAACCCAGAACCCGUGCCCGGAGCGGGGCCACGUCUGGACCUCCCGCCCUGGGUGGCUGAGGAGUCGGCCAGAGACUUCGGAGAGAUGUCUCUGGCCCAACCCUGGUCGCUGCAGAAAAUCGCCUUCGCUGGCCCCCGCCUGGUCCAGGACCACCCUGAGAGUACUCCCGACCAGCGGCGCCCCGUGCCUAACCCACUAAUGUAGUCACUGCUGCUUCCAAAGCUCGCAGCACGCAGCAGCUCCGGUCAGGUCAA